GGGCUGAGCCUGAAGUAGGCUGGGAAAAGUCCUGGUGGGCGAGGCCUCGGCCUGAUGUGCGGGACCUGAACCGAGCUAGACUCAGGACUGACAAGCGUUCCAAGCCUGUGGGAGGUGCUGUUUUCAGAACGGAUCCCAAGAAAUGUGGGCGGGGCCUGCAGCGAACUGCUCUUCCGGUGAAGCUCUUCUGAGGAGGCGGGGUCUUGGUACCUGCUGGAGCAGCGAGACGUGGAGGUGAACGUGCGGGAUAAGUGGGACAGCACCCCUUUGUACUAUGCCUGCCUCUGUGGGCAUGAGGAGUUGGUGCGCUACCUGUUGGCUAAUGGAGCCCGCUGUGAGGCCAACACCUUUGAUGGAGAGCGGUGUCUCUACGGAGCGCUAAGCGACCCUAUUCGCCGUGCACUGAGAGACUACAAACAGGUCACUGCGUCCUGCAGGAGGCGGGAUUACUAUGACGAUUUCCUGCAGCGGCUUCUGGAACAGGGCAUCCACAGCGAUGUGGUCUUUGUGGUACACGGAAAGCCGUUCCGGGCCCAUCGCUGUAUCCUCGGUGCUCGCAGUACCUACUUCGCCAACAUGCUGGACACCAAGUGGAAGGGCAAGAGCGUCGUGGUUCUCAGGCACCCCCUGAUCAACCCGGUGGCCUUUGGGGCUCUACUGCAGUACCUGUAUACAGGUGACUGACCGACCCCGUGGGCUGGGACAGCAGCACACCCAGGGUGGCCCAGAGCUGAUGUCACCUUUGGGGAGGAGGAGUGUGCCCAGCAUGACUUAACCUGUUUGGAGAGGACAGGUCCCAUCUACAAAUUGAGCAGGCCGCUUGGACAUCGGUGUAGAACACGUGAGUGACUGUGAGCGCCUGGCCAAGCAGUGCCAGCUGUGGGACCUGCUGGAUGACCUGGAGGCUAAGUGCGAGAAGGUGUCUGAAUUUGUGGCUUCCAAGCCUGGCACGUGUGUGAAGGUGCUGACUAUUGAACCUCCUCCAGCAGAUCCCCGGUUACGGGCAGAUAUGGCCCUGCUAGCUGACUGUGCCCUGCCAUCUGAGCUGCGGGGUGACCUUGGAGAGCUGCCCUUCCCAUGUCCCGAUGGCUUCAGCAGCUGCCCCGAUAUCUGCUUCCGAGUGGCUGACUCCAGCUUCCUCUGCUACAAGGCUUUCUUCUGUGGCCGCAGUGACUACUUCCGGGCCCUUCUGGAUGACCACUUUCAAGAGAGUGAGGAGCCUGCAGCCUCUGGAGAUCCCCCAGUUGUCACCCUGCAUGACAUCUCCCCGGACAUCUUCAUUCACGUGUUGUACUACGUAUAUAGUGACCAUACCGAGCUGCCUCCUGAGUUGGCCUACGAUGUUCUGAGUGUGGCUGACAUGUACCUUCUGCCUGGCCUGAAGCGGCUGUGUGGCCGCAGCCUGGCCCAGCUGCUGGAGGAGGACAGUGUGGUGGGUGUUUGGCGCAUAGCCAAGAUGUUCCGGCUGGCCCGGCUGGAGGACCAGUGUACCGAGUAUAUGGCCAAAGUCAUAGAGAAGCUGGUAGAGCGGGAGGAUUUCGUGGAGGCCGUGCGGGAAGAGGCGGCAGCUGUAGCGGCCCGGCAGGAGACAGACUCCAUCCCGCUCGUCGAUGACAUCCGCUUCCAUGUGGCCAGCACGGUCCAGACAUACAGUGCCAUUGAAGAGGCACAGCAGCGACUGCGGGCACUCGAGGACCUGCUCGUGUCCAUUGGCUUGGACUGCUAAGCCCUUCCGUGGCCAGGGCAGCCACGGUGACAGGCAUGCGCAGUGUGUGCACGCAGCAAGAUGGCAUUACAAUGGGCAGAGGGGACCUCACAGGAUGUCCUUGGGAUGAGCCUCCUCCUCCAGUGCACAAGGAAGCCCCAAGAUUUGGGGCAGGCACCACUCAGGGAAAACUGGGGUACGGUAGGCUUUGAACUUAGUCCCAUCUCCCCCAGCGUCCUACCUGCUCCCUCCUGGUUCUCACCCAGCCCUGGCUUGCUUCGGCUAUUUCCGCAUACAGGGCUGGACAGGACGUAGGGGGUGUGUGGCAAUAAAGCUUGAAUUCACUCUGGGGA